AAGAAAUACUUGCUAGACCAGUUGCACCUGUUACUUAUUACUUGUGGUUUCAGUGGAAUCAGUGCGAUAAGGAAGAGGCAUUAAGCUAUAUUUUCUCUGGACGUGUAAAAUUGCGCAGCAAGGUUCAGUAAGUUUGCCUUGAGUACGCAUGUGAAUGAAAAAUAAUGUCCAGAUCGGAAAGAAGUGUGCACACUGAGAAGGUCCCAUCAUCCCAGGGUACCUCGUAUGACAGGCCUAGGAGGGACCGUCAAGGCUACAGAGACAAGGAAAGCACCCGAGACCGACCUUACCGAGAAAGGGAACAAAAUAGAUCACAUGCUUCAAAUGGAAGGGAGUCUUUAAAUGAGCCGGCAUGGAACAAACCUUCUCGACCACCCACAUCUCACUCAUAUCACCAAAGUCCUCCUUCAGAAAGGGCAAAAAUAGAGAAACAUUCCUUCUCCGACAAGUGCUCAAGAUUCUGUUCCAGGAGAGGAGUAUUGCAGUUUGCAGAAAUCACAUCAGGAGUACUAGUCUUGAUCUGUGUUGUUUCAUCUUAUGCGGUACUGGUGGGCUAUACGUCUGGUGCUGGCUUUAACGUAUUCAGCAUCGAUUCUGCAUACAGCCCUUUCCAAGGCACAGAACUGCAGCAGGUACGAGACAUGGACAUGCAGUAUACCCAGUUGAGAGCCCCUGGAGUCUAUGGAGGGGUAGGGUUCAGCUUGUUAGUGUGUGCAUUGACUUUGGUGUUCUUGAUCAUGGGGUCCAAACCAUUAUAUAGUGUUUCCCUCCGAAUCCUCUUUGCAGAGAUGAUCUUUGACAUUUUAGCAUUUGUAGGUUAUAUUACUGCUGUUGGUCUUUACCUGCACUUUGUCAAGCAGGUAAACACCACUGAUAUCUGCAAGACAAGGGAGAGACUUUAUGCAGGCCGUGGCUACACCUGGAUGAACUGUGAAGUACAGGGAGGCGAUGCUGGAGUGGCGUUAUUUGGCUUGAUUGCUGCAUGCCUAUAUCUGCCAAGUGCCAUAUUGUGUUGGCUGCACAUCAGAACUGUUCGUGAAUUUAGGAAGCUUCACCCGCAUUGCAGAUACAAGUCACAACCGCAGAGUCAAAACGAGCCCAACAUUACAAAGGACAACUUGGAAAUGACACAAUUUCAUCCUAGUACUCUUGUAUAGAGGUUAAUAACAAUAACAUGGAACUCUUUCAUUCUGUAGUGAUUGAAGUGACACAUUCCAAUGUCACAGACUGGGAUUUACCUGUAUUAUUUCAUUUUAACAAUCUGACCUUAUGGCAAAUUGUGCCUUUCCCACAUUAACAAUGGCCAUUAUACACACUCUUACUAAUAUACUUUGCAGAUGUAAAAUAAUAGCAAAAGUCUUAUUUUUAUUUGUUUUUAAAUAUAAAAUGGAUAAUCAUUUAUGAUUCUCAUGAUUCAAUAUAGUGGUGUCAAACUAUGGCACCUAGAUCUCGUUGGACUUCGAGACCCAAAAUCCUCUGCAAGCCAUACAUAGCAGCUCAUCAUCUGGGAGAUCCACAGUUUGAACAAAUAACACUUCCCAAGCUAGUUUAUAGGCUACCUUUAUGUCAUGCUCAAAAUAAAUGUAUGUUAACAUAAUUAAAUAUAUUUCAUUAACUUGUAAAUAUAUUGGUGACUUUUUUUUUUUACACAGUGUAUAUCUAUACAAAACACUUACUUUCAUUUGUUCAACAAUUGCAAACUGAAUUCGCUGUCACGUAAAGCUACUCUCACUGUAGGGAACCUGUCCUAGAGUAUAGCUACUUAGUAGACACCUUGGUGUAGUCUGUUUAUUUUUCUACAUUGAUUUAAAUCCAAAACAAACAUUGACUUAAAGCAGAAAUGUCACGCUUUUAUAUAAUUAUUAUUAUUAUUCUUGCAUAACCAGAUAGAUCACUGAAUUUUUAUAUUUAACUUCCAUGGCAUAUCUUGUGGUCCUGGCAGAGCCAGAGCAUACUAUGGAAAUGUAUUUACCAACCUUGUGUUGUAUUAAUGGGCCAAUGCACAUACCCUGCACUAUGGAAGGAUUAUGCAAUCAGCAGAUACUACUCUUGUGCUUGCCUGGAGAAUCAACGAGUGAUGGCAUUGAUGAUAAAGUGCUCAGGAGGUAGAUGUGUUUUUUAUUUACCUCCAGUGCGCUACUACAAUUUAAUAGCGUUUACUGGGUUUUAGGGAGUAAGGAAAUGCUUGUGCAGAAUCAGGAAAAAACCUGAACACAUUAAGAAGGAAAUGAAAGAUUAUUUUAUUUAAACUCU